CAUCGCGCUAGUAAAUGACGUCAUUCAUACUGCCAUCUUGUAUAGGGAAAUAUUUCUGGCUAUUUUGUAGGCAGAGCAGUGCUUGUAGUGUGUAAAGAUGAACAGCGCGUUACCUUCCUGCUAUUUUAUUAAAAUUCUGUUUAGUUGAUAGCUCAAGAAUAAUGGAAAACGCCAACAGCUCACAACCUGCUAUGACGGGUACGGGGGCUGUCCCAAAUGUAACAAUCACACCCAAUGCUACCAAUCCAACGGUGGUUGGAACCAGUGAUGCCACCACGCCACGCCUAAUUCAACUGAAAGUCGCUCCUGCACCACCGACCGUGAUGACGUCACCAAGCCCCGCCCCUCCUCGUCCUCCCACCCCUCACUCGUCGAUUGUCGUCCCCUCCCCUACCCCCGCCGCAACCGGUCAGUCUAUCCCCUCAAUUGCUCAAGCCUCGCCCAUCACCAAUAUUCCCCGCGCCGCUCAAUCUACUCCCUCCAUUGUUCAAGCCCCGCCCACCUCCAAUAUUCCCCGCAUCUGCAAUUUGGGCCCGCUGAUCUAUUUGCAGGCGACCGGCGUGCCUAAGGGUGGUACGCCUGUUGUCAAUAGUGCUGUGGCUCAAGGUGGCAACACUACGACCAAUGCACCUGUACAGUUCACAAUGCCGCAGGUUUUUUCGGAAGCCGGCAAAUCUUCAAGAAAAAUGAUCGUGUCCAGUGCUAAGAAUUGGGUCCAACAAAACAGGAUAAUCACCGGCAACCCGCAAAUAAUCCACACAAAUAAUUCUCAGUCGAAUCAGGCGUUCGCCUACUUAGGAACACUAAUCAAACAGGGCGUAAAAGGCAAGGAAGCCACCAGUCAGAAGGUGCUUCUCACCCCCAUGCCCAACAAGUCCCCCCAAAUCGCCAUCCUGCCCCAAACCGAAAACCAGCCCCAUGGCAACAAAGCACCCAUGGCCAGUUUGAUCUUGCAGCAGGGGGCCAAUGUCCAGGGCAAGAUGACGGGGCUGAUUUUGGGCAGCCCCAACUCCAAUCCGGGGGGCAACAAGACUACCAGUUUGCUGCUCCCUGCUCCCCCCGGUGGUGCCCAGGGGAAAAAGAUUGCCAACAUUAAUAUACCGGGUAAGGCGAAUGUGAACGUUCCCAACAUUAUCCGACAGAAUGCGUCUGGCGGGAAAGCUUACAUACUACCACAGACAGGGAACUCUCCGGGGCUGAUUAUCCCUGGGAACCAAGUUGGCAAGCCUGGGGGCAACCAGGUUACAGGGCUGAUACUACCUAGCACCUCGUCUUCAGGUUUAAUUAUCCCGCCAAACAGUACAACCGGUUCUACCAACCUGACCAUACUUACCACCCAGCCCAGUAGUGCCAAUCAAAUGGGCGCCAGUCUGAUAAUCUCGAACCCAAACAGUGGCGGUGGCUUGCCUCCGGUGUCCGUGGUCACCAGUGGGGUCACCACUAGCGUGGCGGCAUCUGGUGGCGCAGCCGCCAACCAGGCCGCGGGAACCAAGAUGGCCGGCAUCUUUCUGCCCGUCUCCAUGGAGGUGCAGGGCAAGAACAAUUUGACGCAUCAUCUGACCAUAUCCAACGGCAAGAUUAGCGAGACUAGCACUUCUAUUACUAUGCCUGCGCUGAAAUCGCUGGGUAGUUACGGAGUGCCGGCGCUACAUCCGAUUGGCCCCAAAGACAGCGGCGGGGGCGGAAAUGGUGGACCAAGCAAGGCCUGUCGCAGUGUGCUCAAGAAGAACAACGAUUUUCCCUCCUCGUCCGACAAGCUGGUUAGUCAUACUGCCAUCAUUCUCUGUAAAAAGAAGAAAGACGAGUCGAAGGAAGAUGACCUGCUGUGUCAUGAGCAACCGGAUGUGCUGGACAUCUCUGACGACAAUGACAAGCCACCGGAAGUGAAUGCCGAGAUCAAACCGGAAGUGAUUGCCGACCGGAAGCCGUCCCUGGAUGGUGAAAUGGAGCCAGUCAGCAAGGUGGUCGAUCAUGAUCUCAACAAGGAAAAUACACUGCCGAACGUGAAAGAGGAGGAUGAGGGGAAGACUGAGUUGAGAAUCACUCCGCCACCCGAAGAUUUCGACCCCCUUAAGGUGCUGGAGUGGGACGCCAAGGGGGUGGGAAAACUACCCGGCAGUGACCUCAAGUUCAAAAUGAACGACCUUGGAAUGAUGGUAUUACACGAUGAAAAUGACACAAAACCAGAGACUGAAACUACUCCUCCCGCGCCCACGGUUGAGAAGAAGGAAGAGAAGAAACCCCAUAAAGAACCAGUGAAAGCAAGCAGCAAAACCAUUGAGGAGAUCUACUGUUGUGACAGCUGCGGCUGCUACGGUCUGUCGACCGAGUUCCUCGACCCGCAGUUCUGCAGUGUGGCCUGUCGCAAGUUCAUGCAGAUAAAGAGUACCUCGGCGGGAGGCGGUGGAGGCGGCAGCGGGGGCGGUAGCGGUGGCGGGGCGGCGACCAAGGGCGGCAAACACAAGACUGCCGAAGAGCUGCGAGAUCUCAAACUGCGCAAGAAACGGCGAAAGAUGAAGAUCUUGGAGCUGCGCCGAGAGGCUGCCGCCCUGCAGGGAGCAGAAGGGGUUGAAGGGGGAGACAAGAAGGAGAUCGAUUGGUUGAAGGAGUUUGUCGUCCUGAGGGCGAAAAAAGAGGCAGCUGCACAUGGCCCUAAACGAGGUUCCUCCUCUCAGAAUGGCGCCGGAGUGAAGCAAGAGGAAGGUGACGAGGAGGAGCUCCCCAAGGAUGGCGAGGAGAAGGGGGAAAGACGGACGUCACUGGAUGACGUCGCUAGUGACCAGGGUAGUCGUAGUGGCAGUGUGUCACCCACGCUUAGUGACAACUGUGAUAAUUUGUCGCUCAGUGACAAGAAGGCACAUUGGCUGUCUAAAACGGGCGAGUUCCUGUGGACGGUCUACCUGAACUGGCACAAGGCAAAGCCGGCGCACACAAAACUGUUCAAAGACCCCUUCCCCUAUCAGAAGAACGGCUUCAAGGUGGGCAUGAAGCUGGAGGGCAUUGACCCCUUGCACCAGUCCUACAUUUGCGUGUUGACCGUCGCUGAGGUCAGAGGUUUCCGCAUCCGGUUGCACUUUGACGGCUACCCGGAGAACUACGACUUUUGGACGAACGCCGAUUCGGCGGACAUCUUUCCGCCCGGCUGGUGCGAGAAGAACGGUCACCGCCUCCAGCAUCCGCGCGGGUACACCAACAACAGCUUCAACUGGACCGUUUAUCUCAAACAGUGCAAGGCACAGGCUGCACCUAAGACGCUAUUCGCUAGUCGACAUACUAACCCGGUGACACCAAACCAGUUCCGCGUGGGCAUGAAGGUGGAGGCGGUGGAUCGGCAGCACGACGGUAGCAGCGCGACAGAGGACACCGGUCAGCUGGUGUGCGUGGCGACGGUGGCCGACAUCAUUGACGGCAGCCGACUGCUCAUCCACUUUGACAGCUGGAACGAGAUCUACGACUACUGGGUCGAUCCCAGUUCGCCCUACAUACAUCCGGUCGGCUGGUGUCAGGAGAACGGGCAUGAGUUGUCGCCGCCCCACACGUACAAAUCGUCGCAACCGUUCUCGUGGGACACGUACCUCAAGGAGACGAAGUCUGUUGCGGCGCCAGCGCGCGCUUUCAAGACGCGGCCACCGACCAGUUUCAGGGUGGGCAUGCGCCUGGAGGCGGUCGACAGACGUGCGCCCCACCUGUUGCGUGUGGCGAGUGUGGGCGCAGUCAGGGCGCAUCAGAUCAGGUUGACCUUUGACGGAUUCCCGGAUGAAUUCGGGUAUUGGGUGGACGAUGAUUCGCCCGAUAUACAUCCGGUGGGAUGGGCCAGUAAGACUGGGCAUCCGUUGGAGCCGCCUCCUAGUGCGACCAGCGACGAAACGAUCAGUUGUCCAACGGUAGGCUGCCGCGGUGACGGCCACUCCAAGGCGGGCACCAUGCUCACCCGCCACGAGUUUGUCGCGCACUGUCCCUACACCCCCGCCAACCUGAAUCGGCCCACCCUGCUCGCCGAUCGCUUCAACAUAUCCAAGAACGACAUUUUCGAGGUGCCAGAGAUCACUUCCAAGCCGAAAAGUUCUAGAGAAUCGAGGGAAUCAAGCGUAACCACUGAUGGCAACAAAGGCAGCUAUGACGGUGACAGUGGAGAUGAGAACAACGGUAGAAGGAGUGUGACAUCCAACGAAGAUGAUUCCAGGUCUAGAACUCGUCAUUCCAAUCACUCGAAUGAAAGUAAAAAAGGGAAGAAAAGGAAACUGGAAAAAGCAGAAGACGAUCCGUCGACUGCCGGCGGACAACUGAAGAAGCUCCGCCAAGAGCUGAUCGAAUCCGUUCUGAGACCCGGCUACCAGGUGGGCGGCGUUGGUGGAAUGGUGGUGGGUGAGGAGCAGAGCGCCUAUUGGUCGAGGCAUUCGUCCUUGGUGAAGGUGACAGCUGAGGUGCGCGACAAUCCUGCGCAGUGGACGGCCAAACAGGUUGCGGCGUUUCUCAGCACAGUUCAUCCGGGCAAGAGCAAGGUGUUUGUCGAUCAGGAAAUUGAUGGAGAGGCCCUACUCAUGCUCUCGCAGUCUGAUUUGACGUCACUCCUGGGGUUCAAGUUGGGUCCAGCCAUCAAAAUUUACAACGUCAUUACCAUUUUGAGACAAAAAGUAUUCUAAGACACAAAAAUGACAUUGAAUUUUUAAAUUGUGAUAAACCGUGUUUAUGAGUCUAUGAAAUAUUGCCUACCUCUCGAAGGUAAUUAUAUUUAUUAUUUAUAGAUGUAAUAUUCAAAAAAGCUGUACAGUAAAUGUAAAAAAUGUAAAUUUGUUAAUAAGAAUCAGUUUUGUAAUAUAUUUCAUUUAUUUUUUCUACUUCAUAAUGUUAUCAUUAUAUAUAUUUUGUAUUUUUCACCAGUUGAACUUUGAAAGUGCUUUCACUUCGAGAAGUGCUUUUUGUAGUGGUGCUGUUCAACUUGAUGUAUUACUGACAAAAAUUGUUAGUCAGUAAUUAAUAAUAAUUAUUUUGUUGAAGUAAGAUUUAUUUUAUUGUUACACAAGUACAAAUCAUACAAUAAUGUGUUUUCUCGUUCAUCUACACUGGUUUGAAAAAUAUUCCACUACGGUACUUUCAAAAAUUGGUAUGAUUUACCUUGCUAAAUAUAUUAUUUACAUUAUAUUAUAUCUGAUUAUCUUAUUUAUUUACUGUUUCGAAUAAACAUCAACCCUUGUUACACGAAAUAUUUUAAUGAUCAAGUCUCAAUAGAUUAAUGUUGAUUUGUUAUUCAACUGGUUCUAUUCAUUAGAAUUAUUAUUUUAUUUCCAAAGAAAUGGAUAUCAACGGCAAUAAAGAAAUGCUCCACAAAUGGCAUUUGAUAAAAAAUA